CCGCCACCGCCUCCUCUUCACUAGCGACCUGGCAGCGGCAGCAGCGGCGGCGGCGGCUCCUUCCGCAGCGGCAGCCCCACAGCAACGGCGGCGGCGGCGCCCCCUCCCCUCCUCGGCGCGGCCCCCUCCCCUCACACACACACACACACACCGCGAGCGGCGGCGGCGGCGGGCGGGGUUGGCACUGCUGCCGCCGCCUCCUCAGGAGCACCCGGCGAGGGGCAACAGGAGAGACGCCGUCGCGCUUUCGUCGGUGCUGGUGCUGCCGCCACCGCCGGGAAUCACACGGGCUCCUCGGUCCCAGGCUGCAGCUCUUGUUGCCAUGAUGAUGAUGUCACGGACGCAACCACUGGGGGAGGGGAGGCCGGGCUUGUGUGUGGCGAAGGGAGGGCUGCGAGUAGUUGGGGGAGGGGACGCGGCGGGAAAGGGAGGGAGCGGGGCGCGCGCCCGAGCGGGACACCCAGGCGGGGCCGGGUGUUUUCUUUCCCGCCCCCGGGCACGCGGCGGGGGAGGAGGCUGGCGGAAGGCUGGGCCGGCGCCCGCGCCGGGGAUCGAUGACUCGGCCGCUGGGCACGGCCACCUGGGUCAGGGGCAGCGGAGGGGGCGGCGGAGCGCCGAUGCCACGGAUGGGUUUGGAGGGGCUUGCAGGAGGCGGGCACCCGUGUUCAGGGCCGUUUCGGAGGCUAAGCGGGACCGGCCGGAGCUGCGGUGCUCGCGCUCGCCUUGCCGACCGCCAUUUCGCAUCCUGCAGAGGAGGCGGGGGCCGCCGCGGAGACGGCUUUUUACAAGUUUUUCUACAGCUAUGAAGUGGACGUGCCAUACGACAUGCUCUUCAGCGGGUCCGGAAACAAAAGUGUUUUCUGAAGCACUGGCUCGAGUGUUGUGUAAGCUCCUGCCAGCGUCUGUGGGCCCACGGCUGACGGGAGGGCAAAGAGACAGGGCUUUUCCAUAUGAUGUCCAUGCAGCUGUAACCGUGGCACGGCCUGUGCCCCAACCCCUGACAAGGGAGGCACUUGGAUCGAAGUAGAAAAGCCCUGUUUUCUAGCCAUGACCUAGAGGAGAAGUCUCUGACCCCCGAGGGGGACAGAUGACCUGACAGCCAGGACCCCACGAGCCCAAGCGCUGGCAGUGCCCUGGACAGUCUUGGGCACAUCAGCACCGAGGCUGAGCUCAGAAAGGCUGGGAGCAGCUGAGGCCUCUUAGGCCAGGAGGACAAGAGCCAUGUCUACCUCACCCCGGAAAAUCCCUGGGGGAACCCAAAGGAGUUCAGAGCCCCUUUCUGAGGCUCACACUUCAGGAGCCCAGGCCCCGCCCCUGGAGUUCUGAGAUGGGGCCAGGGCUCCUGUAUAUUUUGGUUUCAGUCCCAUAGGUGACUGGGUUCUCUCAUCCUUCGCCAAGGGCAGUGUAACCUGUACCAUUGGGCAAUAACUGCCAGAAUUUAAAAAGCGUAUGCCCUUUGCAAUUACUUUGACUAGUAAUUUCGCUUCUAAGAAUUUCCUCUACAGAGAUGCAUGCGUCUUGCAUGAAAUGAAGAGGCUAUAAAGAUAGGCCAUGCAGCCACGUUAUAACAGCAAAGACUAGAAGCAACCCGCUUGUGCAGAAAAAUUCUGAUUUUUAAAACUGUGGUCCAGCUGUGCAACGAGGACUCUGCAUCUUUUAAAAAAAGACUGAGGAAGUGCCGUGUGAACUGAUGUGGAACUAUCUCCAAGACUUGUGGUUAAGUUAAAAAAAAAGUAGAGAGCAGAACAGUGUGUGGCGUCUGCUGCCCUUUGGACGAUCUAAGGUCGUCUAUGCACAUGCCAUCUUGUCAGAAAUUCAGAACAGCGGUUGCCUCUGGGAAGGGAACUGGGUGACUGGAACGGGGGCAGGAGGGAGCAUUUUAUACCUUUUAAAUUUUGUACCAACUGCCCAUAUAUCUACCUAAAAGAUAAAAGGAAAGAAAAGAACAGGCAAAGCUCCACUAGUAAUUCUGAUGUUCUCAAAGCUUAAGGACCGAUGCAAGGGAGGCAAUCCUGAGACCACCCAGAGGACAGUGAACGCUCCCUUCAAAUGCGAAGACCGUUGAGCAGAGGGUGAGAGCAUUUGCCCGGCUGGGCACAGGGUAGGCACAAGCUAGGAACGGGGCGCUGGCCCCAGGUACUCAGAGCGAGGCUGCACCAGCCGUGCACGUGAGUCCAGGUCUUACUCCCUCUGAGCUGACCCAAGAGGCGGUGGUUUUCCUUCUCUGGAAUCGCAUCGGCCUUUGGACUGCACGCAACCGUUAGCUCUUGGAUUCUGACCGCACCUUUCUCUCUGUCAGUUUUUCUCUGUCCAAGUCUCUCUCUUUGGCUUCCUUUCUGCCUCCUCAGGCCUGAGACCUUUCUCUCACUCUACCCGAAAUAGCCCAGUUUUGCAGACAGAUCUUAUCUAGACGUCAGCAGUUUUGACAUCCCAUGAGACCAUGCUCCCUGGUGUCUCAUUCACAGAAUUCCCCCUCCUCUCUCCCUCUCUCCUUUUCUCUCUCUCUGCACACAGCUCUCAGUCAACCCCCCGAGCGCCUCCAACUCUGUGCUCAUGUCUGUUCCUGGCAACCUUUUCUCCCCCAGCACAUCCCGCAUUAAAUUAUUAGUUUCCUGAGACAGAGCCUGGUAGUCUUCACAACACUGCCUUUCUGAUCUCACCGUUCAUCCAAAGCUUCUUUUCCUCCCGUUAUUCCUGCCUCCCCUUCUGCAUGUCCAUUAGACCCCACCCUGGCUGAUGUGGGAAACAAGUCCUUCUCAGGGCACGUGCACAGAUCUGACGUCCACAUUCACAGUUAACUGCAGCUUCUACCUUCCAGCUCGGCUCACCAGAAUCAACACAUGCUUCUGGGAAGUGGGAAAAUAGGCAGUACUGAAAUGCACAGGCUCUAGAUUCAGAUUCUCUAGGUUUAAAUUCUUUCCCUGCCAGCUGCAUGAUUAGAUGUGUGACCCUGAAAAAAUUACUUAACUUCUCUAGGCCUCAUUUUUCUCAUCUGUAAAAUGGGGAAAAUAACAAAACUUGCCCCAUUGGGGUAUUAUGAGGAUAGAAGUGCUCACCAUAGGGCCUGCCCAUAUCAAGCUCUCAAAAAACAAAGGCUAUUUUGUUAUUAGUUUUGUAACAAUGAGUGAAUUGGCUUUGGAACUCUUUUUCUAGACUAUGUUCACUGGUUUUAUACCUGGAUGCUAACACUAUUAUAUGAACCUAAUGUAUAGAGAUCACAUCCAACCAACAUGUAGAUUUCCAGCACAUUCGAUACACAUCAUCUCAUUUGGUCCUUAAAACAAGCCAGGCCACAGGUGGGGUAUGUGGUCUCUCUUUACUAUCCCUGUUGUAUGGAGGCUAGCCACAUUAAGUAGUUUUUCCAAAGUCACAGCCAAACCUAGCCUACAGACUUCCUAACUCAUUCCAUCAAACCACAUGGAUCAGGGGGUUGGCAAACGUUUCCUGUAAAGAACCAGAUAGUAAAUAGCUCGUGCUUUGUGGACCACAUACCAUCUCUGUUUCAUACUCUGCUUUCUUAUUUAUUUGUUUUUAAGUAACCCAUUAAAAAUAUAAAACCAUCACAACAACAUGGAGGGACCUUGAGGGUAUUAUGUUAAGUGAAAUAAGCCAGACAGACAAAGACAAACUCUG